AUGGCUCAGAUUCUAUAUUUCAGUCUUCUUGUCAUUGCUCUCUGUUCAUUAUCUGAAGGCAUUCAGCGCCGCUAUAACUAUAUAAACAUUGAGAAGACCUGGACUGAAGCUCAGAGAUACUGCAGAGAGAAAUACACAGAUCUGGCCACACUCAACAACAUCAAUGACAUGAACAAGCUGAAGAACACUGUGAAUAACAAUCCGGGGUAUGUCUGGAUUGGACUGAAGAAAACAGGUGUUAAUGAAUGGAAGUGGUCUCUGGGUGAUCCUGUGAAAUAUCUGAACUGGGAAACUGAACCAUCAACUGACACAAAUAAUUGUGCUGUUAUGAGAAAUGAAAAAUGGCGUCAGCAGAACUGUAAUGUGCCGUCACAGUUCAUCUGCUACAAUGCAUCAUUACAUCCAAUUCACUUCUCAUCUCUGACUUCAGGUGUUUCAAAGGAUUUCAUUAUCUGUGAAUCACAGACUUUCCUUCUCAGCUGUGAUCAGGGAACUAUUAAAGUCCUUUCAGCCAAUUAUGGGCGUACAGACCGACAGACCUGCUCUACUGGAAUAGAAGAUAACAAGAUCUCAAAUGUUCAGUGCAGUCUGAACACAUCUCUAAGUGCGGUGGCCACUCGAUGUGAUGGAGAAACGAGUUGUUCUAUGGUUGUGGACAAUACAGUUUUCACUGAUCCUUGUGUUGGAACUCACAAAUACCUGAAUGUGUCUUAUGAGUGUGUUGAAGCACCACCAAACAGCAGUAAAUCAUACAUCAUUAAUACUUCUAGUACAACAUGGAGUGAAGCUCAGAGUUUCUGCAGACAGUAUCAUACUGAUCUGAUCAGUGUGAGGAACCAGACUGACAAUCAACUGAUCCACAACAUCAUUAAUGAUCCUCAGAGAUCUGUCUGGAUUGGUCUGUUCAAUGACUCGUGGGAGUGGUCAGAUAACACCGACUCCGCCUUCAGAGACUGGAACUCUGAUGAGCUGAUAUUGAUCCAGAAGAAUCUGAGCUGGACUGAAGCUGUGAGAUACUGCAGAGAGAAUCAUGUGGAUCUGGUUUCAGUUGAUUCACAGGAGAUUCAGCUCAUGGUGACUGAAGUUCUUCAUCAGGCCUGGACUGCUGAGGUGUGGCUGGGGUUACGUCACUCCUGCUCUGUGGGGAUCUGGUUCUGGGUGAAUGGAGAGAUCGUGUGUUAUGAUCAUUGGGCUCCAGGGAAGGAAACAGCAGUGGACGACUGUGAGCGUGAUGUGAGAUCUGGAGCGGUUCAGUCUGGAGAUCAUAAGUGGAUCAGUCUUCCUGAAUCUCACAAACUCAACUUCAUCUGCAGAAGAAAGGAGGAAUAA